GUUUUCCUAUACAGAACACUCUUACACUUCCAUUGAACAUCAUCAUGUGAAUUGGAAAAUGUUAUCAUGGUGUUUGAAUAACCGAAAAAGAACGCAAGGAUUUUAUAUGUAGUUAUUUUCAUAAAAGAUAAAUAUACAUUUAUUUGGAUUGUAAAUUAAGAUUGAACGUGUUAGUUGAAUUAAAUAUGAUUUUUAUUUGUGAAUUUACAGAAGGAUGAGUAUUGACUAAAAGAGAAAAAUUCAGUAAAAACCAGUUUAUAAUUGUAUUGAAUCAUAAAUGUUAAGAAGGAUGUUUUUUCUCGGAACAAUGUGACUUUCGUUGUGUAUAACGUUUGAAUCAGUUGUAUUAGACCAAAUAUGGCACUAAUUGUACAGAAAAUGAAGCGAUUGUGUGAGGAAAGGGUAAGACAAGAACCCCCUAGAUCAGGAUUGUACUGUAAUGCAACAUGGGAUGGUGCGAUGUGUUGGGACUUUACAUCAGCGGGUUCUACAGCAAAACAGCAUUGCGCAAAAUAUAUUCCAAGUUUUAAUCCAUCAGAAUUUGCGACACGAGAAUGUUUGCCAGAUGGUACAUGGAAACCAAACUUUGUAGAAACAAACAAUACUGUUGGUUGGACCAAUUAUACAAAUUGCCUUCGUAAUAACCCAAAACCCCAGGUUCCGAUAGACAAAAAUGAUCAUCUAACACGUAUACAACUGAUGUCAGAGAUAGGCUACGGAAUAUCAUUGGCAUCACUUAUCGUAGCUGUAACAAUUAUGAUAGCGUCUAGACGGCUUCACUGCAAAAGUAACGUGCUACAUAUAAACCUAUUCUGUGCAUUUAUUCUACGAGCUUCGGUUUCUUUUCUAAAAUCGUCAUUCUUUGUUGACGAUAUUGGUUUAGAGAAAGACAUUAUUCGUAAUCCAGGAGGGACCAUAGAAUUUAAAGAAAAUGGACUGCAUUGGGAAUGUAAGUUGAUAGUGAGUAUAUUUAUGUAUUCCGUUGCGACUAGUAUGAUGUGGAUCUUGAUGGAGGGACUAUAUCUACAUAUGCUUGUAUACAAAACACUUUUUACAGAGAGACAUGGUACACGCUUAUAUGUGUUAUUCGGUUGGUUUUCUUCAUUCACCUUUGUGACACCAUGGAUUGUAGUACGAAUUUUCAAGGACAACGAUUUGUGUUGGAAUCGGCAAAAUACGGGUGGAUAUUUUUGGAUUAUUAAAGCACCAAUGCAUCUUUCUAUUCUUAUAAAUUUUCUAUUUUUCAUCAAUAUUGUGAGAGUGCUAUGCGUAAAGUCAAAGUUAAGUCGACAUGUAAAAAGUGAUGCAAAGUACUGGAGGAAGACUGCAAAGUUUGUUUUGGUGCUUUUACCACUAUUUGGGGUGGUAUAUAUUGCGUUUAACGCUUACCCGGUUGGUGUGUUUAGUAUGGAAGCAGAUUUCAUUUACCUGUAUUGUGAAAUGUUUUAUAAUUCAUUCCAAGGAUUUGUUUUAGCUUUGUUGUUUUGCUUCCUUAACGAAGAGGUACAGAAUGAAAUACGAAAAUGGUGUUUCAAACGAAGAUUAAAUUCAAACAACACACGUUCCAUUUUACUCUCUUCUUGGCGUAAAUCGUCACGGAGAAUGUCACGUGAUACGACACGUGAUACCCGUAUCAGCAGCGACUGCAAUAUUCACCCAAAUGGCACAUGUACUGAUACGUGCAAAUUGAAUAAUAUGUGUCAUGAACAUGCUACAUGGCCACGCAAAAGUCGUGCAAUGACAAAAGAGAAAUUCAAAACAUUAUCAUGGCAGAGUGAACAUAAUGACUGUGUAAAGGGUGAACCUGACAGUUUAACUUUUGGGGAGGGUGAGGUUUAAAAAGUUGUGUUUAAAGAAAAUUUACCUGUACAUGAACAAAUUGUUGCUGCUUCAUGGAUACAUAGAUUUACAUAGAUUUACAUUUAAUUUAUCAUUUGUGAGACAAAAAACAUGUAAAUGAUAUGUGUAUCUAUGUUUUUAAUAUUUUGGAAAGUAAAGUAUCAUUAAAUGCUAUUAUUGUCCAAUAAGUUGAUAAUCAUUAUUUAAGACUGUAUACUUAUUUUAAGUAAUUUGAUACUGUCAACUGUUAUAAGUACAUGUAGUUUGCAGCUAGCAUCUUUACUUAUCUGAUGUAGGCAAACUUAUAAGUUAGGAUAUAUCUUUUCAAAAUGGGAUUUUACAUCACUACCGCAAAUGAAACUGCUAUUCUUUCAACUACAUUCGUUGGAAAAGAAUAUAGUUGUUGAUUCUUUCUAAAUUCAAUUGCUGCCUUAGCCAUUUCAUUAUGCAUUUAAACAGUUCCACAAAAUUGUAAUAUUGAACGUCUCUAUUAUAAUAUCUUUCAUAACAUGACAAAAAAAAAGUUGAUUAUAAAUACAAUGA